AUGUUCAAGAAAUCACCAUCGGAACUCAAAACAUCAUCAGCGCUUCGCAACUCAGACAGGCGAAAACUUGCUGGUGACGUUGCUACUGCCUUCAAACUUGCCCCUGAAGAAUGUGAUCUGCUCGUACCUGACGGAUUACAAGCCAGAAAGUUCAAAUCGUCAGGUGGGGAACCUGGGACCAUAUACCAAUCUCCGGAUGGAGAGCCGCUCUGGUUUACAGUCGGCAAGCAAUCGACGACACUGGUCCCGACAGUUUAUACUCUGUGGAAGCGUCCGAAACUCGUGUCUAUACUGCAUACGCCCGCGUUUGUGGUGGAAAAGCUGUCUGAUGGUGCUGAUCUUAUGAUACCCGGGGUCUUGGAAACGGCGGAGCAGCUACCUGGUGUUUCCAAGGGCGAUCUUGUAGCCAUAUCGAUCAUUGGAUCAAAUGUUUCCUUGGCCAUUGGGACAAUGGCAGUACCUCCUUCGUCUCUAGGGAAAGGGAUGAAGGGAAAGGCCGCUCUGAUUCUUCAUAUCUAUGAAGAUUAUCUGUGGGAGAUGGGCAGCAAGAGUGGACCACCAGCUGCAUUGCCGUACCCAGAACCAUCUGAAGAUCUGGAUGAAACUACCUCUAAGCUCGCAGCGUUAUCAACGGAGGACGAAACGAAGGACGCGCUAGAUGAGAGAGUUCCGACGGAAAGUGUUGAGACCAGCCCAGAAGAAAGUGUCACAUUCGGUUCAAACAACGAAAUGACUACGCCAGCGGAGGUAGACACAAUACUUCGGACAGCAUUGGUGCAUGCUAUUGCGACAAGUUUGUCUAAAUUGCCAGCUUCGUCAUUCCCGAUAAUGGGGACCAACUUGUAUUCCGCCUACAUACUACCGUCUCGACCUUCCGAUACGCCUGCCGAUGCAGAUAUCAAGCACUCAUCGUACAAGAAGCUCACCAAGUUUCUGAAGACCGCUGAAAAGGAUGGUCUGAUCAAAACGAAGGAUGUAAAGGGGGAGACAUGGCUGACCUCGGUGAAUGCGACCUGUCCAGAUGUCCUCCAACACACAGGCUACAAGACUAUUGCCGAUGCCGAGAAGAAGGAUGCAAGUAAGAAGGAGCAAGAAAAGAGACAAGCAGCAAGGUCAAAGAAAGACGGGAUUGCUAUUACGGAGCUGUACAAACCACACGGGCCGUCUGUAGCAUUCUUCGACGUGAUGAGCAAGAACACGGAUGAUCUCUACAAUGGAGUGGAAGUCCGCACAGUUCUGUUGGAGUACGUGAAGGAACAUUCUUUGGUACACCCGCGAGAACAGGGCUUUGUUGUUCUUGAUAAAUUACUCCAAGAGGUCCUCCUGAACAAAGGAGAAGAGAUCGAGUUCAUGCGACGGGAAGAUGCUCUCGAGAGGCUCCGCUCAAAGAUGCAAGCAUGGCAUUCGAUUGCACUAAAGGAAGACGAAGCACCUGUGGUCAAGAAAGGACAGCUGGCACCGAUAUCGGUUGUUGCAAAGACACGGCAGGGUAGACGUGUUAUCAGCCUGGUUACGCGUUUCGAGUUGUACGGCAUUGAAGCGGACGAGCUUGCUGAAGCAUUGCGCAAGGCGUGUGCCUCUGCCACCUCAGUAACGCCCCUGCCGGGGAAGAACGCCGGCUCGGAAGUUCUUGUACAAGGGAAUCAGCUGAAGAUCGUCAGCGACUUGCUGAUGGAACGGGGUAUUCCGAAGAAGUGGAUUCAAUUAGAGGACACCACUGGCAAAAAAUGA